UGAUCAGAUGUACGGCUAAACAUCGAUAUCACGCCUCGCCAGCUGUGGUUGCCAUUUGGUGGCUGAUAAAGAUCUAUCAACAGACAGGACACCAGUCACCUGAAUGACAGACGGGGAAAGAGCUUCAUUAGUCUGCUGGUUAAUGUCAGCCAGAUCUAUCUACAGCCAGAACAGCUCUGACAAGAAUACAACAGCAAUGCGCUGGCAAGGAUGUCUCCUUGGGCUUCAGCAUGAAAGUUGACCCAACAUGGUCUUCGGCGAAAGCUGUAUCUUCCAGUUGGGGGCAAUUACUAGCGUUGUUAAAAGGCUCCUGAUAUCAAACACCCGGCCCGUGGAUCAAACACCCAUCACUCAGGUGUGAGUUAUUGCACCUGUGCUGAAAAUGCACCGGUCGUGUGCAAGUGCACUACAGCUGAUGAUCCUCCAAACCAGCCCUGUGUGCGAAGAGAAGGAUCUGUGACGCUUAAUUCAGGUAGACAAGUGUCAGCUCUUUAACACCAUCUGGAUGGAUCAUUUCCAUGCUUCUCUCCCUGUAAGGUCUUUAUAAUGGGAAGUAGUUCUGGCAAAGUGUUACCCGAGCCCUCCAAAAAUGGAUGUUUUUCUCUUAUCAACUCUGUUGUGAACUUCAAGAAACAAGAGACUGACAGGGAAAAGUGUGACGAGAAACAACAAGCUUGGCUUUGGAGGAGAAGAAGUGGUAGAAGGGCUUCCCGAGAAGGAAGAUCAGAAGGAGUCAAGGAACUGGAUCGUCUGGAGGAGAGGAUGAGGAAUCCUAACGCAAAGUUUCGUGCAAAGUUUGAUCCACGCGUCACUGCGAGGUAUGACAUCAAGGCUCUGAUUGGCUGUGGGAGCUUCAGCCGUGUGGUUCGUGCUGAGCACCGGCGCUCGCGCCAACCCUUCGCCAUCAAACUUCUGGAGGUCAAAGGUCGCGAGGGUCACGAGGCCUGUCAAGCAGAGCUCGGCGUCCUGCGACGGGUGAACCACAUAAAUGUCAUCCGCCUGGCUGAGGUGUUCGAAACGCCACAUCGCGUCUACCUGGUUCUGGAGCUGGCCACCGGAGGAGAGCUCUUGGAGCGCACGCUCGCCCGAGGAACCUUCAGAGAACGGGACGCCACCAAAGCCUUGAAGAUGGUGGCCAGCGGGCUGUGCUAUCUCCACUCUCUAGGCGUCAUCCACAGGGACCUCAAACCUGAAAACCUUCUGUACUACCACCCGGGACAGGACUCGCGCUUGAUCAUAACAGACUUUGGGCUCGCUUGUUGGGACAAGACGCCGGCCUCAUUUCAAAGCAAGGAAGAUACAAGUGUUUCAACUCACGACACGAGCUGCGACUCGUCCUUUAGCACUGUAGACUUUGAGAAGAGCCGUCAGAGUAAAGAUUGGGCUGUGAGGACACUCUGCGGGACACCGGAGUACCUGGCCCCUGAGAUGCUGGCUCAGACACCCUGUGGCCGUGCUGUGGAUAUGUGGGCGCUGGGCGUCAUCACUUACAUCGUGCUGAGCGGAUCACUGCCCUUCGACCAGAGCAGCCGACCGAGGCUCUUCAGGGCCAUUCUCAGGGGCAGCUUCAGUUUCCAUGGUGAUCCAUGGAAAUCAGUAUCUACAUUGGCCAAAAGCUUCAUCGAUCACCUCCUGACCCUUGACCCCGAGCACCGCAUGACCGCCGAGGAAGCUCUCAAGCACCCGUGGCUGGUCAGCAUGGCAGCCUGUUCCUCUAACAAGAACCUACACCGCUCCAUUUCCCGAAACCUCCAGCGGCGGGCGUCACGGGCCUCCUCUCGCUGCCCAAGCUCGGGCUCUACUCCCGGGUCACGGAUAUCGACGAGGUCUGGGUCACGGCCAGGUUCUGGGUUACGGUUACAGCGACAGGUCACAGUGCCUGAAGAUCGCUGCUUAGUAUAGGGUCAAGUUUGGGCUGGUUAGCGUGGACCCAUGUGAGAGGCCCAAAGUGCUGACACUCAUGUAAAAGAGAAAAAACAGCCUGUUUAAUUCUGAAAAUCAAUGAAAUUACAUAAUAAUUGGACCUCCAGGAACAAAAUUAAAGGAUUAAAAAUGUACAUGAUCCCGAAUCCUUGUAGAUUAACUUUAAUGUAGAAAUACAGAGUUUUUUAAAAUGGUUUAUCAUCACUUAUGCACCCAUACUAAUAUAUUUAUGAUGCAUUGAUAGUCUCUCCCGCUCAUGAUGAACUACUCGAGUUUAAUGUCUCCUCUAUAAAAGAAAAGCUAGGAUCAGCACCUCUGCUCCGUUCUCCCAUGUUCAUUCCUUCAUUAAUCAGAUGAGGAUGAGCUGAUUAUAUAAACUCAUAUUUUAUUUUAAAAUAUACAUUUUCACCCGUGAAGAAUCGCACACCGGACUAAAAUACAACUGUUCUGCAGGUUUUAUGUCCUGCUUUUCUUCAUAUUACUGUUUUCAUUUGGCAAAGAGCCCCUGCAGAUUGAUUGUGUGAAGAAGUUAAGAUUUUUAUUAGCAAUUGAUGCAUUAAAUUCAUCAAAAAUCAGCAAAUCAGCAUAUUAGAAUGAUAAGACACUGAAGA